AUGUCUACAACAUCUAGAUCUAGAUUCUUUGAUUCCAAUAACAGUAAUGAUUUACAUCAAUCAACAACAAGAGCAAGACCAAUAUCAUCAACAACUUCAUCCACUUUGUAUUCUAAUAAUAAUAAUAAUAAUGUUCAAUUCGAUGCAGAUGAUAAUUAUAAUGAAUCAUCAUCUUUGACAACAACAACAACAACAACAAACACAAACACAACAUCCUCAUCAAAUAUUAACAACAAUAAUAGUUUAAAUAAUAGCAGUAAUUCAAAAUAUAAACAACCAAUAUCAACAAAACAACAACAACAUAAUAACAAUAAUAACUCAAAUAGCAACAAUAAUAAUAGAUCAAUAGUUUACAAAUAUACAAUUGCACCAAUUCUUUAUUUACUCAGAUUGGUCAUAUUACCAAUAGUAUGGCUCGAUGUAUUUAUAAUGAGUAUAUUUAGAGGUCCUGUUGAUAUGACAUAUCAAACAAAAGGAAAGAUUGAAAACAAAUGUAGAAUAAUAUCAUGGGUAACAUUGGUAUCGUUGGUAUCACUGUUUGCAGUAUAUCUCUUACUGGUCAGACCAACACCAUUCGAUAUCAACACGAAUAACAACACUGUCAUUCCACCAACUAAAAUCGACAAAGAAUAUUUACAACAAAUAUUACAUGAAUUACUUAAUUCAAAUAAUGCAAAGAUCAACAAGAUAAUCGAUGAAAAGAUGGAUUUGAUAAAAUUAGCAUAUAUGGAUGAGAUUAGUGGUAACAAUCAAAAGUUGAUCGAUGUCAUCACACAGAAGAUCGAUUAUUUCAAACAAAAGGAGCACGUUCCUCUCUUUGAUAAGGUCAACCGACUGGAAGAGGAUGUCAAGCUGCAAUCGAGUGUCUCCAUUGGCAAGGAUAUCAAUGAGUUGUUCAUCCAGUACAAACAAGACUCUGCCACUGUCUAUGAGAAAUUCCUCGAGCAAAUCAAAGAACUCGCCAGAAUGGAACGCGAACAACUCAGCACCAACACGAAAUCGUUCAUCGAUCAACUCAUCGCCGAGAAGAACACUCUCAUCCAACAACUGCAAUCGCAGAGCAAAGAGAAAUUCGAAUCGCUCAUCAAAGACUUUGAAUCUACCACUCAAUCUCAUACAUUACAACUCAUUUCACAAUUAGAGAAAUCACAAGAAAAUGAAAAAGAUAAAUUAUAUUCAUCAUUACAAGAGAUAUCUUUGAAGAUCAAUAGUAUUCAACAAUGGAUUAAAGAUUCACCAGAGUUACAAUCGUUGGAAUCAAGUUUGAUUACGGUUGAGAAGAUUCAAUCGUUGAUUGACAAUGCUCUGGAGGUGUAUGCUUCCGAUAAGACUGCGAGGUUGGACUAUGCCCUGAGACGUGGUGGUGCCAGUAUUCAGUAUGGCUUGGUGCAUCAUCCAAAUACAGAGACCUAUCCAGAGAUCACUAUACCGGCACUGCUUAGAGUGGCUACUCAAUGGAUCCGCUCAGAUCACCGACCAAACGUACCGGAGAUCAUCUUGGACCAAUCGCGUAAUCUCCUCGGUGACUGCUGGGCAUUCAAAGGACAGAACGGUAGCAUCGCUAUCAAGUUGGCACAACCGAUCAUCGUCAAAGCAAUUACAAUCGAACAUCCCAAUCCAAAGAUCUCCUACCACUUUGAAUCUGCACUCCAAGAGUUUAGCGUCGUAGGUGUCCGCAACGAAACAGACACCGGUACACAUCUCGGUACAUUCCGAUUCGAAAAGAAUAACAAACAUAUUCAAACAUUUUUAAUCAAUAAUGAAGAAGUGUUUCCAAUUGUAGUUUUAAAGGUCUUAUCGAAUUUCGGAUAUGAUUAUACAUGUAUCUAUAGAACUAGAGUUCACGGUGAACCAACAUCCAUUUACAAAGAUCCAGUGUUAUCUUUUUAA